UCCGCGCCAUCCUGCUUCCGCAGAACCGCUUGACCAUUCCGUCGGACCGCUUUGCCCGCCCAAUUUGAACACCAAAGAUGCACCGCCGGCAUUUUAAUGCACCUACGUUCGGGUAAAGUCAAGAAGAGCGCGGUUGCAAAUCAUCCUCGCAAACCCAUUACUACAAUGCCUGAUAAGAAGGACCAGGGUGCGCCCGCACAAGAUAUGUGCAACAUUAUUGCCCAGCUGACCGCGCUGCUCGAGCAUCAGACAAACAUAACUCCAGCAGCCAGUUUCCAUUUGCAGCUCGCUGUGCCUACAUAUGAAGGGCACACAGAUACGAAAUCGGUGGCGGACUUCCUUCAGGAAAUGGAAGAUUACCGCAAUGCGCAAGCCAUUACGGAUGACGUUCUUCUUCAGCGCGUUUUGCCCGUCGCCCUGACUGGGUCCGCCGCCCGCUGGCGUCGUCGCCAGUCAUUCCAAAGUUGGGUGCACUUUGAGCAGCUACUGCGAGCAGAAUUCCUCCCCCCCGACUACGUUGUCCGCAUGAAAGACGAGCUUCGCGCCCGUAGUCAGGCGGAGGAGGAAAGCCUCCUAGAAUACAUACGGUCCUUUCAGGAGCUUUACGAGCGCGCAGAUCCUUCAGCACCCGAAACGGAAAGAGUCACCCGGGCAAUCCGGCAAGCUCACCCACGCUUCCAGGCUUAUCUAAGGGGCCGCACCUUCUCUUCACUUGACGAUCUCGCUAAAGCGGCGUCCGAUAUUCAGGCGACGAUGUUGGCAGAGCUAACUUACCAGCCUCCACCCCCGCCUCAAGCCUCCCUCGAGCCGUCUUGCGCGUGGCACGGUUCUCAGAUUGCAAGCCCGGGGAAUAUGGUACCGCCUCCAAGGGCGCUGGACCCAUUCACUCACCGCACCUUUGCCACCCAGGUACCUUUCCGGCCUCCGGUCGCGGAACCUGCCACAACGUUGCGAGGCACUCGGGGCCGCAGCAGGCCUGUAGUGGCUGCCGCCCAAUCAGGCGCAGCAGAUACACGCAGGAGCAUUCCAGUCUGCUUCCAGUGUGGAGGACGAGGCCACUACAGGAGCCAGUGCCCGAGCCCCCCUGGCUCCCGCCAGCAGGGAAACGACGAGGGCCGGCGGUGGUGA